AUACGUGGGAGUGUCUGGUUGACACCGACUUAUUUGUUUGAUUAGUAAAACAUCAGAGCUGCAGCAUUUCCCCUGUGAGAAUGGACGUACUGUUGAAGCUCCUCGCUCUGCUCCUGGUGUCACUCCACAGAGGACACGCUUGGACGCCUCCGGACUUUUGCCACGGCCAUCAGUGUCCUCAGUACAGCGUGGUCGAGACGCGACAGGACUUUGAGGAGCGCUCGUAUGUCGCCACUGACUGGAUUACCACCAAGGUGGACGGCACGGGGACAGGAGACGUCAUCGCUGCAAAUUCAAAGCUGAAGGAUUACUGCCAGAGACAGAAGGACGCAGGUUAUGAGAUCUCCGUUGACACCAGCCCGACCCUGAUCACUGUGACCAAAGGUGAAGGAGACGACGUUGAUUUCACCAUGUCCUGGUUUGUUCCCCCCGGGACCAGAAAGCCCGAAAUCCCUGAUCCAUUCGUCUCGUGGGAAAGUAAACCUGAGGCCACCGUCUACGUCAGGGUAUUUGGUGGGACGCCGAGCCUGGAGUCUGGAGAGGAGAACGCAAAGCUCCUCCGCGAGGCCUUGGACAAAGCUGGGAAAUCGUUGGACGGCCACGCUUACAGCGGGGCCAGCUACGACUCUUACUUCUCUCUAACUCACCACAACGAAAUCUGGAUUUACGCUGCCGCCUGAUGACGUCAGAUCAGCUGUUCGCUCUCUGGUCCUGUUCUGAAUCUGGAUCUUUAGCAGAAUCACUUUUAUUGGCUCUUAUUGUACCAACAGCCCUGUUACAAACAGCUGACUGAUGGAAACCAGUUUCAGGAAUGUUACUGGUGGUAUUUUUACAGUCUCUUUUAUAUCCUGCUAAUAUUUGUCUGAUAAUUCUUCCUGUAUCGGCUCUUUUUAAAAAUAAUAAUGAUAAAUAAAAGAUUUGUUAGAUUUUU